UAGAAGGCAUUUGCGCUGCAGUGCACACAGCCAGCAUUUGGUUUCCGGCCAAAACGAUUCUGAUAUUUAUAUCAUGUCAAUGUGUUUACAUAGUGAGGUCUUGUGCUGAAUUGUUUCUUUAAGUAAGAAUUUAUCUGUUUUGUGCCUUUUUGGUCGGUGUUUCCUAAGCUCCGUAAGAGCUUAGGAAAGAAAAAUGUGUUAACUAGAGACACACUAGUUUCCAACCAGCACCUGGUGUUAGCUAAAUUAAUGCUUAGUAGAUGGAGGCUGAUAGUCAAACCUGGGGAAUAACGUUUGUAGCUUCAGUCUCGGUGUAAAACACACUACUCUGACACAGAUAAAUGGCUCCUAACAAACGGAUACAGAAGAAAGCUCUUAAAUUGGAGUGUGAAUGGGGUUUUUGUCAAGAGUCGUUCAGUCGUAUGGAAAACUUCUGCAAGCAUGUGGAGGGUCACCUUAAUGCUUUGAACAUGGCGGAGGAGGACGAAGAAACGGAAGAGGAGAGAAACUGCCUCUGGAGAGAGUGUGGUUUCUGCUCUGUGGAGGGUCCUGAAGAGUUGCAACGACAUGUGUUCUUUCACUGUUACCACACUAAGCUGAAGCAGUUGGGACAGCAGGUGCUCAAUGCCCAGCCAGAACUUGGCACCUGCUCUAUUGCUGAUCAGAAUCGUAACAUCAUCCCUGAAAUCCCAGACAAUUUUGCCUGUCUUUGGGAGGAAUGUGAGCAACCACCAUAUGAAAAUCCUGAGUGGUUCUACCGCCAUGUGGAGAUGCACAGCCUUUGUGUAGAAAUACCAGCAGGAGACUGUGAAUUCCCAGUACGCUGUGGAUGGAAAGAUUGCGAAGCUACUGCCAAGGGGCGUCCUAAGCUGCGGGAGCAUCUGCGCAGCCACACUCAGGAGAAGGUAGUGGCAUGUCCAGGUUGUGGGGGGAUGUACGCCAGCAACACCAAGUUGUUUGACCAUAUCAUACGACAGAGUGCCAUGGAAGGUCAGAGGUUCCAGUGUUCUCACUGCUCUAAACGUUUUGCAAAUGAGAGACUACUGAGAGAUCACAUGCGGAACCAUGUGAAUCAUUACAAAUGUCCGCUCUGUGACAUGACUUGUCCAUCACCCUCUUCUCUGCGCAACCAUAUCAAGUUCCGGCACAGUAACGAGAAGCCAUACAGCUGUGAAUACUGUGAAUACAGCUGUAAGAAUCUGGUUGACUUGCGCAAACACCUGGAUACCCACAGCAGUGAGCCGGCAUUCCACUGUGAUGUUCCUGGCUGUGGUUUCACCUCUCGUGCCCUUGGCACCAUGCAAAUUCACCACAAAAGAGAGCAUGAGGGGACUUUUGUAGCUCGCUAUAAGUGCCAUGUGUGCAAUCAGUGCUUCACCAGGGGCAACAACCUAACUGUUCAUCUGCACAAAAAGCACCAAUUCAAAUGGCCCUCUGGACACCCCAGAUUUAGGUACAAACAGCAUGAAGACGGCUUCUUGCGACUGCAACUGAUUCGCUACGAGAGUGUGGAACUGACUGAGCAGCUGAUGAGGGAAAAACAAAAUAGGCAAGCAGAGGAGGAUGAGGACAGUGGGCAGACUGAGGGUCAGCAGCUGGAGGAGGAGUCCCCAGGUGCAGCUGCUUCAGAGCUGCAGACAGAACUGAGAGGGGUGCUGCUGGAGGAGCAGAGGACUGAUGAGCCAACCGUGAGUGUUGAUGAGGGCGGUCAGGAAGAGGCCAUGUUGUACGUUCUCACUGGAGGUUUGUCACAAGCAGGGGAGGACUCUGUCAUGCUGCAGCUCCAGGAUGCUGCUCAACAUCAAGGAAUGCAGGUGGUUUAACUGUCACAACCGUCUUGCACACAUAUCCUACACAUGACAGGACAAUCUACGUAUAAUCGGCAAUCGGCUGUGAUGUUUCACACAACUGUGGCAAAUAUAUGAUGAAUCUUGUGAAAUUACUGACCCUUUAAUUUUUUUUUUUAAAUAUCUUAAUGAAGGAACACUUAACUAUGAUGACCCAUCUUGGCUAUAAGCCUAUAUUAGGUAAUAAAUUAGAUUUUAGGUGUUUUAUUUGCUAAUAUCAAGCUUGUGAACAACCUCUUUACCAGUGUCUUUAAAAUAUUUUCACCUCAGUCAUUGUAUCUUGUUCCAAAACAUUAGUUGAGCGCUAAUGCUCCACUUCCUAGUGAGUGGUCACUCUGCUUCAGCUGUUCCAAGUUCAGAAAUACAUGAGCCACAAACUUGAAGAAAGUCACAGGAAUUCAUUGUUGUUAUUGAUAUCGACCAAAAUGUGUGGAAUCUAGCAAAGGGGGCCAAUCCCAAUAACCCUGAGUAUGUGAUUUUGAUGCCUAACAGACAACUUGAAUAAACUUGACAUAAAAUGUUCA